UUCUUGUUUUCAAAAAUGCUAACAGGCUUCUUUGUCUUUCCAGUCAUCAAGGCAAAGGUGGUUGAGAUUACGGCUGCUGGUGAAUUUGAUAUCAACUAUGAUAUUGAACAGACCAAGAUCCUGAAGGGUCCUAUAAGGUACUAUGAUACCAUCUCCACUGCUGCAUCCUCUGCAGCAUGUGGUCUAACUCUCACCAAAGGUGUAGAAUAUUUCAUCACAGCAGACAAACUGGAGCCUGACGGGUCACUGUACGUUUCAUCCUGUAACUACGUUGUACCCUGGAAAAACAGCCAUGAUAUCCUGGUAGAGCGUUAUAGGAUGGGCUGUGAUUGCAAGAUCACUCGCUGCCUCGCUGUCCCGUGCAGAGCCAGCGGCACAAAUGAGUGCUUGUGGACGGACCUGCUGACGGGGAAUUUGGGCAACGAUGAGCAAUGUGCUUGCAUCAAGAAAAGUGAUGGUUCUUGUGCCUGGUACCAGGAGGGUGCCUCAAAAUUAUAUUAAUGACCCAAAAGUCCACCAUGCAGGAAUAAUCAAAAUUCCAAAUAAAUGUCUUAAGCAAUUCUG